AUGGUGCACAGAGUAGCAGUGAUCGGGGCGGGCCCCUGUGGUCUGACCAGCAUAAAGGCUUGUCUGGAUGAAGGCUUGGUGCCAACCUGCUUUGAAAGCAGCGAUGACAUGGGCGGACUGUGGAAGUUCAAGGAAGUGUCCGAGCCCAACAGGGCCAGUAUCUACCGUUCCCUCACCAUCAACAUCUCCAAGGAGAUGAUGUGCUACAGCGACUUCCCCAUCCCUGCUGAUUACCCCAACUAUAUGCACCACUCUAAAAUCCUAACAUACUUCAGGAUGUAUGCAGAACACUUCAAACUGUUGCGACAUAUUCGCUUCCAGACCUCAGUGAAGAGUGUCAGACAGAGACCAGACUUUUCACGUACUGGUCAGUGGGAUGUGGUGACCGAGAGUAGAGAUGGACAGGAGGAGAGGCAUGUCUUUGAUGCAGUUAUCUGCUGCUCCGGUCACUACACGUACCCUAACCUGCCACUCAAAGACUUCCCAGGAAUUGAGACAUUUGAAGGAAAAUACUUCCACAGCUGGGACUACAAGGGGCCUGAAGACAUGUACGGGAAGAGAGUGGUGGUCAUCGGCAUCGGUAACUCAGGAGGCGACAUCGCUGUGGAGGGCAGCAGAGUUGCAGAGCAGGUGUAUGUGAGCACUCGUCGUGGUGCCUGGGUCAUCCGUCAGGUUUCUGACAACGGUAUGCCAGUGGACAUGAAGUACAACACGCGUUUCGUCCACAUCUUGUUCCAGCUGUUGCCAGUUAACAUCCUCAACUGGCUUGGUGAGAAGAAACUCAACGCCAUGUAUGACCACACCAUGUAUGCACUCAAACCCAACCACAGACUCUUCAGUCAGAUCCCAGUGAUCAAUGAUGACCUGCCUUUCAAGAUUCUGUCUGGCUCUGUUAUUGUCAAACCAAAUGUGAAGGAGAUCCGUGGCUCCACUGUAGUGUUUGAGGAUGGCAGCACUGUGGAAAAGGUGGAUACGAUCGUGUUCGCCACAGGAUACAACUACGGUUUUCCUUACUUGCCGAGCAAUGCUAUGUACAAGUCUGGGUACCGUGUUGGUCUGUACAAGCACGUUUUUCCUCCCAACAUGGAACAUCCCACUCUGGCUGUCGUGGGUUUCAUCCAUGCCCUUGGAGCCAUCAUGCCCCAGGCUGAAAUGCAGGCCCGCUGGGUCACACGUGUGUUGAAAGGACAUAACAAGCUGCCCUCAAACCAGGCCAUGAUAAAAGCUGUUGAGAAAGACACCAAGGACAUCGAGAAAAACUACAAUGUGUCAAAGUUGACACCCCUGCAGGUUGACUUUGUUUCCUACAUGGAUGACAUAGCAGGAGAAAUUGGGGUGCGGCCAAGUCUCCUCUGGCCUUUCUUCACAGACUACCCUCUGUUUAAGAGACUUCUCUGGGGACCUGUCACAACCUACCAGUACCGCUUGGUGGGACCAGGGAAAUGGGAGGGAGCCCGCAGGGCAAUAUUCACCCAGUUUGACCGCAUGUACCAGCCCCUAAAAACCAGACAGCUGAAGGACCAAGAGACCUCUAUCACCAGCCGCCUGAUUAAAGUGAGCCUGAUCAUCACGGCUGGAGGAGCUGCGGUCUACUACUUCCAUGUGCAAAACCCAACCACCUUAACCACCAUGCUGUCCAAGCUCAGAUGCAGCUUCAAUCAAACGAUGUGAAAAAUACACCAAAUACCAUAUCUACGGUUUCUUGAUGCCUUGAGAAAUCUAGGUCAUGCUCCUGUUUGAGUUGUGAUGAAUCAUUGUAGGGGUCACUGAGCUACUGAUUAAUGUUAGGUAUUACUGUUGUGAAGGAAUUUUCCUAAGAGGACCUAGGUGGGUAAAAGGUAGUAGUUACGGAUCAUACAACAUGUCACACUUGGCUCACCCACAAAUGACCUCUGUCUCUCAGGCAAUAGUUCAUGCUGCUGUUUUCCUUCAUGGGUGCAUGACGACACCUACAUAGGAACGAGCCAUUGCCUAGGCAGCCAAGAACGGGAUACAUGGUGCUCUUCUUCAGUCUAAGAUGUUUACAGACAGACUGUCUCCCUGUAGAAAGAAUUAGCCUACAUGUGACCUCGUAAUUCUAACAUGACUACGUAAUGUAGUAAAACAUUAGGUUUCAACAUCUAAUACUAUGGUUACACACAGUUAGGCCCGUAGAGAAUGACCGUAAAGGGAUAAAUAUUGUGGCCCAAAAAGGGAUCUUCACAUUUGGUUUUGGCACUACACUGUGUCCUCACUUUGUUCCGCUGUGGCCAUUCUCCUUGAGCC